AUGGCCCCGCUCCUGCUCUGGCUGGUGUCCUGCUGUGUGGGCGCCUCGGGGGCUUACACUGAGAUCAAGAAAGUGGCGGAGGAGAAGGUCACCCUGCCCUGCCACCAUCAGCUGGGCCUCCAAGAGAAGGGCGCCCUGGACAUCGAGUGGCUGCUCACCGACAGCAAAGGGAGCCAGAAGGCGGUGAUCACGUACUCCGGCCAUCACGUCUAUGACAACUUGACUGAGGAACAGAAGGGCCGAGUGGCCUUUGCGUCCAAUUUCCUGGCAGGAGAUGCUUCCCUGAAGAUCGAGUCUCUGAAGCCUCGAGAUGAGGGCCUGUACACGUGCAAGGUGAAGAAUUCGGGGCACUACGUGUGGAGCCACGUCGUCUUAAAAGUGCUAGUGAGACCAUCGAAACCCAAGUGCGAGCUGGAAGGGGAGCCGCGGGAGGGCGGCGACCUGGCUCUGCAGUGUGAGUCGUCCUCGGGCACGGAGCCCAUCGCCUAUCACUGGCAGCGCGUCCGGGAGAAGGAGGGCCAGGAGGAGCGCCUGCCGCCCAGAUCCAGGAUCGACCACGGCAGCCCGGGCCGCGUCCUGCUGCAGAACCUCACAGCGGCCUCCUCGGGACUCUACCGGUGCACGGCGGGCAACGAGGCGGGGAAGGAGAGCUGCGUGGUGCGAGUCACUGUGCAGUACGUGCAGAGCAUCGGCAUGGUGGCGGGAGCAGUGACGGGCAUGGUGGCCGGGGUCCUGCUGAUCCUCCUCUUGGUGUGGCUGCUCGUCCGAAGGAAAGGCAAAAAGCGACACGAGGAAGAAGAGAGACCGAAUGAAAUCCGAGAGGAUGCCGAGGCCCCGAAAGCCCGCCUGGUGAAGCCCAGCUCCUCUUCUUCCGGCUCCCAGAGCUCCCGCUCCGGCUCCUCCUGCACGCGCUCCACCGCCAACAGCGCCUGCCGCAGCCAGCGGACACUGUCCCCCGCUGCAGCGCCCCGGCCAGGGCUGGCCGCCCGCACGUUCACGCUGGGCGGGCCAGAGGCCAGAGGCCCUGAACCAAAGAGAGGGCAUCACGCUCCCCUGGCCAAGGCCCAAAGCACCGCCGGCCGGCUCCCCAGCCAGAGCCGGCCGCUCCAGACUGUCUAA